AUGGCCACGCCUGAGCACACGCCGCUUGGCCGCGGCUACGACAGUUGGCUCGGCUACUAUCAGCACGCAAACGAGUACUGGUCCAAGCAGACGGACAUCUACUCCACUGGCAUGAUCGACAACUGCAUCAAUGACGUCUCCUUCCUUCAAAUGAAGAACCCGCUGACAGGGGAGCCUCUGGAAGGCAACGAAUUCCGCGACCUGAGCCUGCUGAACGCAACCUUUCGCGGCGGCGUGCGUGACACUCGCUACCUCUCCAGAGCCACGUACGAGGAAGACGUAUUCAAGGAGCAGAUGCUCGCCGUUGUGGCUGCUCACGACCUUUCAGCGCCGCUCUUCCUCUUCUACUCGUUCCACCUUCUGCACACGCCGCUCCAAGUGCCUCCCUCUUACUUGAGCCGCAUCGACGCCAUCGUCGCCGCCGCGGGCGCCCCUCCGUUCGACACGGACAACCGGCGCCUCUACGCGGCGAUGGAAUUUGGCACGUGGACAUCGCCGCGGUACCCCAACUGCAGCACGUCAAAGUCGGCCACCAAGAGUCGCGGCCCCGAGCACAGCGACGUGCGCAUCCUCGAGGUGAAAAUCCCGUAUGGGCCGCCGAGGGUGCAGGACAGCCUGACGUGGGUGUUUGAUUGCGGGUACGAGCCUGGCUGCCUCUUCAAUCUUGAGGACGACCCCACAGAGCACGUCGACCUGUCGCCGCGGCAUGCCGACCUGGCGUAUGAUCUCGCCGCCGAGCUCGCGAAGCUCAACGCGACGCUGUUCGAGCCUGUGCGCGGCACCCCCAGCCUCGAGGCGUGCCUUCGCGGCAUCGACGAGGGACGCUACUACGGGCCUUGGGCUCACGUGCCAGACGGCUGGUACACGCCGGUGCCGCCGCCUUCUGCCAACCAGCGAGCCAAGGACGACUUCCUCCGGUCGAUGUACGUUGGCGUGCCGUUGAUGUCCUUCAACAUCAUCUUCCCAACCAUCGACACUUGCCGCUCAAACAAGUCUUGCGACUCCCGCCUGCCGUUCUGGCCGUGCAGCUGGCCGUUUUGA